UUCGUAGCUAAUUAAUUGCAGUAAAUUCAGGACAUAAGUGGUUAUGGGUUGUCAUUGCAAUCCCUACUGCACUACUAUUAACGAUGUUUUGCAUAUUCGGUUAUCUACUAAGAAGACGAAUGCUUUUAGGUGGGGACAGAGCAAGGAAACAGAACACAUGGCUUUGCUUCUUGAAAUCUGAUAAACUUACUGAUGAACCUGAUCAAGAAAACAUGGGAAAACAUGAUUUAAGCGUGUUUACGUAUGAAUCUGUUCUGACUGCCACUUCCAACUUCUCGGAGGAAAACAAGCUCGGAGAAGGGGGAUUUGGACCUGUUUAUAAGGGAAAAUUGGUGACGGGACGAGAAAUAGCUGUGAAGAGGCUUUCAAAAAGUUCGGGACAAGGAAAUUCGGAGUUUAAGAAUGAAUUGAUACUCAUACAUGAACUCCAACACACAAACCUUGUUCAGCUAUUUGGAUUUUGCAUUCAUGAAGACGAGAGGAUGCUGAUAUACGAAUACAUGCCCAACAAAAGCUUAGACUACUUUAUUUUUGAUUCAAUCAGAGGUAUGCUACUCGAUUGGAAGAAGCGUUUCGGUAUAAUAGAAGGAAUCACUCAAGGAUUGCUUUACUUGCACAAAUACUCGAGAACGAGAGUAAUUCAUAGAGAUUUGAAAGCUAGUAAUAUACUACUCGACGAAAACAUGAACCCUAAAAUUGCAGAUUUUGGCUUGGCAAGGAUAUUUACCCACACUGAAUUGGAAGCAAAUACUAGUAGGAUUGUCGGGACACUUGGUUAUAUGCCUCCUGAGACCAUUGAAGGAAUCGUUUCUGUAAAAACCGAUGUCUACAGUUUCGGGGUGCUAAUACUUGAAAUCAUAAGCGGCCGGAAAAACAACCGCUCCUGCAAUGAUGAUGGCUUACUCAAUUUAGUAGGAUAUGCAUGGGAGUUAUGGAAGGAAAAUGCAGCGCUAGAACUAAUGGAUCCAACUCUAGGCGACUCGUGUAACGGGAAUCAACUGCUAAGAUGCAUCCAUGUCAGUCUACUGUGCGUGGAUGAAACCGCAGCCGAUCGACCCACCAUGUUGGAUGUGAUAUCGAUGUUGACAAACGAAAGCAUGGAGUUGCCUGAACCUAAAAAGCCGGCAUAUUACACACAAGGAAAUGUGGACUUUACUGGUAUAGGUGAAACGGGAGGGCAAGCUGGAUCGAUAAAUGUUUUGUCUAAUUCCGACAUUGGUGGGCGUUGAGAAAUCAAUCAACAAUCCUGUAAUAAAACAUUGUUCCCAUUGAUAAAGUAGAUCUGGCAACGAAAACAAAAAUCAUCGAUUAAGUGGAAUAUUGUAUAAUAUAUUUUGCUGAUUUCUACUUGAAA